CACCCAGCACAAUGUCGUCGACCGGGCUGGUGGAAAAAUCGUUCGUCAACUGUGAUGAGCUGUUCUAUCUGAAGUGGAACAACUUCCAGAAGAAUGUCAGCACCCAGUUUGAAAAGUUGCGUGAAGAUGACGAUCUGGUAGACAUAACGUUUGCCUGCGAGGGCCGAAUGCUUACGGCGCACAAGCUGGUACUGUUUGCCUGCAGCCCAUACUUUAAGGAGCUGCUAAAGAAAAAUCCUUCCCCGCAUCCGGUGUUUUUCAUGAACGAUGUAAAGUACGAAGUACUGAAAGCCAUCCUACAGUACAUGUACCUCGGCGAGGUACACAUUACCAACGAGAAUCUGAAGGAGUUUAUCAAAACCGCCGAAGGAUUGCAGAUCCGUGGACUGAGUAAAGAAACCAAUGGUGAUUUGAUUAUACCGACCCAUCAGGAUGUGUUGCGCCGUGACGAGAAAAAUGAACAGAUGCUAGACGAAUUCUGUCGGAAGCGUUCCGGCAUCGAGGAACUACAAUCGUCCACCGUGCUAAACAUAAAACGCGUCAAAACGACUGCUGACGGUGCGAUGACGUCCGGUGGUGGUCAGGAUGGAAAUGUGGACGUAGAACCGAAAGUGGAAAUGGUGGAGUAUUUGGAAAAUGAGGCAGCCACACAUCAAUCACCAACGUACUGCAGUAUGGAAACGUAUGCCGAUAAAAACAAUCCUCGCACCACCAUGAGCCAUCUCGGUGCAAUCAACAAUGCUGGUUUCACCCAAACCGGUACAGCGACCGUUUCCGGUGCGGGCACUAAUCAACCCGGUGGUUCCGGCGGCCACAGCCAUAAUGUACACGAGUACAAAUCGGAAGACGACAGCAGUUGGAUGGAAAAAUCGCUCGACAACAUUUCCGUCAACUCGGAGCAAAGCAUGAAGUACAACAGUGGCGGUGGCAGUGGUAGUGGUAGCGGCGGUAGCAGUGGCAACAGUGACAAAAACAAGGGACGCAGCAGUCGAAACAGCAACCGUUCCACCGACGAUAAAGCGAACUGUCUUACGCCACGCUGCUGUCCUGUCUGUUCGCGGCUCUACUCGAACGUGUCCAAUCUGCGGCAACAUAUGCGAUUGAUACACAAUCCAACGGCCGUCUGUUGUCCCAUCUGCCAGAAACACUUUAACUCCGAGCUCUACCUAAAGCGGCAUUACUCUUCGAUACAUUCGAUUAAUCCUAGCAGCACCGGUGACGGUGAGCUGGUCGACACGAAACCUCCAACAUCGCAGUUACAGCAGCAGCAACAACAGCAACAACAACCACCGCCACAGCAGCAAGCUCCACAACCAACGCAACAGCAACAGGCCCAACAGCAGCAGCAACAACAGCAACAGCAGCAACCUCAACAACAACAACCACCUGCACCGACUGCAAACACGUGGAAUCCCUACCACCAUCACGAUGCUUCACAGCUGGUGAAUCCUUUCAUCAAGUAAUUGUACUGACGUU